AUGGAAAUUCAACAUUUCAGCCAUAAUAAUCCUUUGGUUUACAAUGAAGAGCCAACCCAUGAAAGUAAUAAGAAGGCUCAUUGCUACGGGUGUGGGGAGGUGGUGUCGGGUACAAGCUUCAGCUGUGCAGACUGCGGGUUUUACCUUGAUAAGAAGUGCGCCGAGGCACCCUCUGAGAUGAAACAUCCCUUUCAUCACAACCAUAGCCUUAAACUUCUAGCAAGCUCGCCAUAUGGUGAAGGUAUGAGUAUUUGCGAUUUCUGCAGCAAAAGCUGUGAGAAGUUUGUUUAUCGUUGUUCUUGUAAUUUAGACCUCCACAUCAAGUGUGCUUUGUUUUCAUAUAACAUUGCUGAGAAAAAUAUUGGAGAGCUUCAACAUAUUGCACUUAAAGACCCAUUGCUCUCUACUGAAAAUCAUUCUGAAGAACUCAAAGAAGCUAGCCUUGCAGUCCACGAGAAGUGCAUUUCAUUACCGCGCAUCAUCAAAAGUGUGUGGCAUUGCCAUCUUAUUUUCCACAACUAUUUUGUAGUAGAAAAUGAGUGUGGAAUACCGGAAUGUGGAAUUUGUCAUGAGGAGGUGAACAAAGAGUAUGGUAGUUACUAUUGUUCUGAGUGUAAGUUUAUUGUCCAUGUGAAAUGUGUCCAAGAAUAUCCUGCUUCGUAUUUCGAAAUUGAGUCAAAAGAUGCUUAUGAGAAACUUAUUGAACUUCAAAUGUUGACGAUCGGUACUACGGAUCCAUCCUUUCUUGUCAUUAAAGAGAUCAAACUUGGAGAAAAUGUGAUAAAUGCAGAGAUAAAACAUUUCAGCCUCGAACAAUAUUUAGUGUUAUAUGAUGAAGCAAAGGAUGAGAAAUGUUGUGACUGUUGCAGUUUACUCAUCGAGACUUCUUUUUAUCACUGUUCAGAAUUUGAUUUCUCUCUCCACAAAUCAUGUGCUGAGUUACCCAGGAAGAAGCAACUUGGGCUGUCGCCUCUGAUGUCCUUAAACCUUAUUCCAAAUUACUUUUUCAAAUGUGUCUUUUGUGGUUUACUGCAUACUGGUUUUGCCUACAAAUUCGAGGGUUUUUGUUGCUGCACUCAGUGUGCUGAAUUAUCUUGGACCUGCACAAGUCAAGGACACAAGGAGCACCCUCGUCACUUGUACCCCAAGUGUAAUGGGCAUUGCAAUGCUUGUGGUCACAAUAUUGAUGAUGUGCCGGCAUACAGAUGCAAGGGUUGCAAUUUUAAUUUGCAUUUCGAAUGUACUCUGCUACCACAAACAGCUGAGCACCAAUGUGAUGAACAUCAUCUCACACUCACAUACCAUGAAGAUAAUGAUUAUUCAGAACAUCAUUAUUGUGAAGAAAGAAGAAACUCCAACAUUUGGUUUUAUCAUUGUGCAAUUUGUGACAAGUCAGCUCAUUUCAAAUGUGUUCAUGGAGAUUACCCAUUUAUAAAGCUCGGCAGAACGAUCUCUGCAGAAACCGAUCAUCCACACUCUCUUGUUCUCGUGCAAAAGGUUCAUCUUUACCCUGAAUGUUCCAAAUGUGGUCAGCCCUGCUCAGAUCUGGCUCUUCAGUGUGCAGAAUUGGCACAGUAA